CCGGGUUGCUAGGGGAAGUGACGUCACAGCGCGAUGGCGGCGGCUCCUUCAGGCAGCUGAAGGGGGAUUUAGGCCCGGAAGAUCCGAGUCCAUCCGCGGCGGGGAGAGGGCGAGCGGGGCCGGCAGGGGCCGGAGCAGGGGCGGCGGUGCUCGGACUGUCCCAUCCGCCCCGUAUUGAGGCGCUGGGAGCGGCGGGGCGGCCGGAAAGCGAUGGUGAAAGUGGGGCCGUGAGGGGGGCGGAGCCGACAGCCGGACCCGCAGUAGGGGCAGCAGCGGCGCCGCCUCCCGGAGCUCAUACCCAGGAAGCGGCCGGGAGGGCAGGAGCGAGCCUGGCCGCGCCGCCAUGGAGCUGAGAGUCGGGAACAGGUACCGGCUGGGCCGGAAGAUCGGCAGCGGCUCCUUCGGAGACAUCUAUCUCGGUACGGACAUUGCUGCAGCAGAAGAAGUUGCCAUCAAGCUUGAAUGUGUCAAAACCAAACAUCCUCAGCUUCACAUCGAGAGCAAAAUCUACAAAAUGAUGCAGGGAGGAGUGGGCAUCCCCACCAUUAGGUGGUGCGGGGCCGAGGGGGACUACAACGUCAUGGUGAUGGAGCUGCUGGGGCCCAGCCUAGAGGACCUCUUCAACUUCUGCUCCAGGAAGUUCAGUCUCAAGACAGUUCUGCUGCUUGCCGACCAGAUGAUUAGUCGUAUUGAAUACAUUCAUUCAAAGAACUUCAUCCACCGAGACGUGAAGCCAGACAACUUUCUCAUGGGGCUGGGGAAGAAGGGCAACUUGGUCUACAUCAUCGACUUUGGGCUGGCCAAGAAAUACCGGGAUGCAAGGACCCACCAGCACAUCCCCUACCGGGAAAAUAAAAACCUCACAGGGACGGCGCGGUAUGCCUCCAUCAACACCCACCUCGGCAUUGAGCAAUCUCGAAGAGAUGACUUGGAGUCUUUGGGUUAUGUGCUGAUGUACUUCAACCUGGGCUCUCUCCCCUGGCAGGGGCUGAAGGCUGCCACCAAGAGGCAGAAGUAUGAAAGGAUUAGUGAGAAGAAAAUGUCCACUCCCAUUGAAGUGUUGUGUAAAGGCUACCCUUCUGAAUUUGCCACAUACCUGAAUUUCUGCCGCUCCUUGCGUUUUGAUGAUAAACCUGACUACUCAUAUCUGAGGCAGCUCUUCAGGAACUUGUUCCAUCGCCAAGGCUUCUCCUAUGACUAUGUGUUUGACUGGAACAUGCUGAAGUUUGGCGCCAGCCGGGCUGCGGAUGAUACUGAGCGAGAACGGCGGGAUCGAGAGGAGCGGCUGAGACACUCCCGGAACCCAGCCACCCGUGGCCUCCCUUCCACGGCCUCCGGCCGUCUGCGGGGCACCCAGGAAGUGGCUCCCCCCACACCUCUCACCCCUACCUCACACACGGCUAACACCUCUCCUAGGCCCGUCUCUGGCAUGGAAAGGGAGCGGAAAGUGAGUAUGCGGCUGCACCGUGGGGCCCCCGUCAACAUCUCCUCAUCUGAUCUCACGGGCCGACAAGAUACCUCUCGCAUGUCCACCUCACAGAUUCCCGGUCGGGUGGCUUCCAGUGGUCUUCAGUCUGUCGUGCACCGAUGAGAACUCUCCUUCUUGCUGUGAAGGGCAGACAAUGCAUGGCUGAUCUACUCUGUUACCAAUGGCUUUACUAGUGACGCGCCCCCCCGGUCUAGAACCGAAGCGUUAACCGGGAGCUCUGCAGGCCACUCACCCAGCGAUGCUCAUGGGGGAAACAAAACACAAACUAAACGGACAGACUCCAAGAGCUGCCAUCACCGGGGCCACCAAGGCCCCCCACGGGAACUCAGUUGUAACGGGGCUGGGAAGAAAAGCAGAGAGUGAGAGACGUUUGCAGAGAGACUCAGACUCCCCUGCAGUGGUGGUAAACCUGUGCUCCCUGACGAUUCCACUGUAACUACCAAUCUUCUACUUGGUUAAGACAGUUUUGUAUCAUUUUGCUAAAAAUUAUUGGCUUAAAUCUGUGUAAAGAAA